UUGAAAGACUCUAUUUUGCUCUCUCAAGACUUGACAAAUGGUUGUGGUGGUAAAAUAUGGGAAGCAGCCAAUGUCAUGAUCAACUAUUUUAUAGGGAAAGAAAGCAACGGAUCCUCAUUAUUGCAAAAUAAAAAGAUUGUGGAAGUUGGUUCUGGAACAGGUUUAGUCGGGUUGGCUAUGGCUAAACUAUGUCCUUCCAUUCAAGAGAUGCUUCUUACGGAUCAAUUAUCUAUGAUGGGUCUCUUGAAGGAAAACAUUACUCUAAAUAAGCUGGAGUCUACUGUCAAGGCCGAGAUUUUAAAUUGGGGCGAAGACGUUCCAUCUCACAUGCUGGAUGCUGAUGUUAUUUUAGCUUCUGAUUGUAUUUAUCUUGAAGUUGCCUUUAUACCCCUCAUCGAAACCCUUUUCGCGCUCACUGCUCAAAAGCCUAAUGAAACUGUGAUCUAUCUGGCCUAUCGUAAAAGACGAAGUGCCGAUAAGAGAUUUUUUCAGUUAGCAAAAAAGAAAUUCAUAUUCGAAGAAAUCACAGAUGAUCCGCAACGACUUGAAUAUCAGAAACAAAAGUUACAUCUCUUUAUAGUUCGAAGAAAGAAUGCG